UAACACCCGCAAUAUAAAAAACCCACAAUCUGAAUCGAACAUGGACGAGAGAAAUUCCAGAGUAGAGCGGCCCCGGAAUGAGGAGGCUGAAGGACUCCUUAGCAGCAAGGUGGAAGUUGAUGUAGACAGAAUCAUAGAAUUGAUCCAAAGUAAGCUGCCGGAAUCGCAGAAAUUAAUCAGCGAAUCGGCCGGCAGAAGUCAAAGCUCAUCCAGUUGCUGCAUUUUCCCGGUACCCCAGGAGGGUUUGCCCAAUUCAUGUGUCCUCGCCUGGUCGCAUGAACCUCGUACGGUCUCAAUUGGUCCAUAUCACCACGGGAAGCCUCAUUUGAAGAAGAUGGAGAAGCACAAGGUGAGGUUCCUGAACAGAGUGAUAAAGAGGACGACGGAGAACAACGGCGUGGGCAUAGAGCACUACGUAAAAGCGGUCAAAGAAUUGGAAGCAGAGGCCCGAGCAUCGUAUUCGGAGGAUACAACUACUUUCAACGAGGAUGAUUUCGUAGCGAUGCUGGUUCUUGAUGGGUGCUUUGUGAUUGAAAUGUUUCGGGCAUACAUCGGGGUGGUUCCCUUCGAGGCAGACGAUCCGUUUCCGUCAAUGACACGGCUACAACUUCGUCUCCGCGACGACUUUCUCUGCCUGGACAACCAAAUACCAUAUUUGGUGCUCCAGAAAUUGUUCGAGCUCACUCAAAUGGGAAGCGAUAGGUUGCCCGGCGAGAGCCGCCCUUCGCUGCCCCUCACGGCCCUCCACUUCUUCAACAGAUCGCGUGAAUUGGGCAGAUCUGUGUACAUGAUCUACUUGGAACGGUCACCCGUACAUCUACUUGAUUUACUCAGGAAAAGUUAUUCUUCCUCGGUGUUACCCUGGGACACCAAUUGCAUCUUGGAUCUGCUGCUGAAAGCCGGAACCCGGCUGAAAAGCGCCAUAGAAGAGUCCCGGUUGAACUGUUUCCCGAGGACUGACUGGGACUCUAAGCAAGGCAGUAUCAGUAAAAUCCCGGCCGUCUCGAAGCUGGAGGAGCAAGCCAGAAUCAAGCUGAAGUUGAACACAAACGCGAGGAGUUUCCUACAGGUGGAAUUUAAGCGGGGAGUGAUUUGGAUGCCCCGGCUCGAGCUGGACUACAGGAUGUGCGCGUUCUUGGUGAACUGCGUGGUGUUCGAGCAGCGCUGGCGGGGGGAAGACAAGAGCAUUUCAGAGUACGUGGCGUUUCUGGACUGCCUCAUAGACACGCACGAGGACGUAGCUCGUUUGUGGGACGCCAAUAUCUUGCGCCACUCAUUCCCUUUGCAUUGUCAGGUGAAAAACUUUGUGGGCAGGCUCGGAAAGGCGGCGGCGUGCGAUGUUGCUGGAGGCUACUUGAGGGACGUGUUUGCUGGAGUGAACAAUGACUUCGACAAACACUACGCCGACCCAUGGCAUGUUCGAUGGGCCAAGGUCAGUGAAACACACUUCAGCAGAUACUUCAGCGCCCCUUGGAAACUCACGUCUGUCUGCGCUGUCAUUAUUCUCUUCCUCCUCACCACCAUCCAGACCAUUUUCACCAUUAUGCGCUAUUUCAAGAAAGAGAAGACUCCCGAGUAAAACAGACCUAUAGUGCAAUCAAGGUAGGUUAUAUAAGGGGUUGUUUUAUUAGCUCUUCUCUCUUUGCUCUCUGCUUUCUUCUCUCCCGUACACUCCUCUCUUGCCGUCUUAUCCCAUACCUCUUUUAUUUCGUCUGCAUUGCCCUCCCCCCUAAACUGCACUCAUCUCCAUCGUCUUUCGUCCCCUAUUUCUUUUGUAUCACUAUACCGCUCUAUUGCGCUGCUAAGUAUCUCCGACGAAGCAGGCUCAAGGUUAUAACUCUCUGUCUCUCUACUUUUUCUCUAAUGUGAGUUCAGGGUCUUAGAUUUGUUAUAUGAAGCACAAUGCUUAUUAAAAUUUCUUCUGUUUAAAAUUCUAGUUUCAUGCUUAGUAUGUUUGUGAAGUUGUUUAUUGAACUAUUUGCCUGCUAUUUGGAAUCCUAG